AUGUCUCUAUACAAUUACGCCUCGGAACUGUCAAGUAGCCGCAUGUAUGUCAUGCUGACCGCAAGUCCAACGUGGGUGUGUCUGGCGCUUCCGCAGCCUGGUCUGACUGGAGCUGUUGGUGCUCUAGACUCUACUGGCAGAUUGCCAGCAAAUAGGGGGCCAAACCCAUUAUGCAGUUACACGCCAGUUACAAACACGCACCAGACUCACCCAGGGGCCUCAAAGAUCAGACAAAAAUCAAAACAAUUUAUUGGCAGGCUAACACAAGAGGGCACCACGUCUGGCAAUAGCAACAACACACGUACAUCCAACGGACCUAAGUAUCCACCCUCUCCAGUGGUAAACAAAGGGCCACGAAGUCUACCUCAAGCACGUUCUCUGUUCCAAGCAAGUUUGACUCUUCUUUUCUCAGCACGGGCGGUGUUAAUUUACAAACAGACCAAAGUUAGAGACCUUGGCGACAAAGUACUAGAGCCUAUUGUUGACACUUUGGGCAUAGGCGUCAACUUGCGGACACGUAUCCGCAGGGCAACUGUUAGAAGUUGCUAUCCUCGCUAUGGGAUAGAUAAAUUCUUGCCCAAAGACGAACUUAGCAAGCUUCUCACACGCCAAUCAGUGGAGAAGGCGUUGACAAAAUGCCAAAAAUAUCGAAAGUACCCCAGUACCACACGUUUGCGGAAUCUUGAGCUUGAAAUUGAAACUAUUUGCAAGUCACCAACAGGCAGCGAGGGCGAGCAUUCGAACACCAAAUCAUAUCGCAAGAUAUUUGUAAUCCUUGUUCUGCUCAACAAAGCUUCGUUUGUGAGUUGCUUUAUUGACGGAGGAAUAUGCGACGAUGACCUUCCGUUUUGCUUUGACUGUGUGUCAGACACAUCGAAGUGGAAAUGCCUACGCAGAGACGGUCAUGAGUUACCAACUCAAGGCUUCCAAGAUUUGAGUAAGAAUUUCUUCAAAAAGUUCAUGGGGAAGCAGUGGAUAGUCCUUGUCCCAUAUUUCGGUCCAUACGACGAGACGAAAGACAAACCUCAAACCCUAAUGAAAGAGCAGAUUCCGCCCUUCACGUUCUGGAAAGGACUACCAGAAGAACGUCAAGGUGCCAGUGGCGAGAUAUCAAAGACACCAAAAACGGUUUUCGCUGUCAAAUGCGUUACCAAGCCUCAGGGGAAGCACGAAUACUCGAUUCUAAAAAAGUUCAAGAACAACAAGCAUAAUCAUCUGAUUUCGAUUCUUGGAGCAUUUGUGCAAAAUGACGUCUUCCACAUCAUUUUCCCAUGCGCACAAGACGAUCUAUACGGCUAUUGGAAGAAGAUACACAGCCACCCUUCCAGUGAUGAAUUAAAGGAAAAUCUUGCCUGGCUGGCGGCACAAUGCCAGGGUAUCACAGAAGGCCUUGCUUUUAUCCACCGUUACCAAACUGCUUCCUUCAAAUCUCUCCUCCACAUAGACUCAUAUCCGCCACCAUCAAAAUGCUUUGUAACGGUCGAGGGUGGCCAGGCUAAGUUACGUCUUUUUGGCCGACAUGGCGACAUAAAACCUGAGAACAUACUGUAUUUCCCGAGACACGAGGGAGACUUGAGGGGGGUACUGGUGAUUACUGAUUUUGGGUGUACCGAGUUCAGUACAAAAGAGGAGCUGAAUCACAACAGGCGAAUAGAUCUCCCCAACUCACCAACAUACCGAGCUCCUGAGACCGAUCUUUCUCCCGAUGAUAGUUCAGUCACGUCUUCCUACGACAUCUGGACUCUCGGUUGUGUCUUUUUGGAAUUCUUAACAUGGUGGCUCGGCGGUUGGGCAUAUGUACAACAGUUUGCGGCCCAACGCGCAGAACGGGAUCCCUCUUGGUAUGGAGGAGUACCAGGGCUUUUCAGAACCGAUUUCUUCUACGCCAUCGUUGAAGAUGAGAGAGGGAACAAAAUUGCACAUGUCCGAAAAGGUGUCAGAAAAUUUAUGGACGCUCUUGCUUCUAAUGCUACCGUAAAGUCUAACGCAUUUGCCGACAAAUUUCUAUAUAUGAUCCGGACAAGGAUGUUAAUUAUUGAGUCUUUGAAGGACGAUGGAACGAAAAAUGGCAGGGCGAGUGCUGCCGGAAAUGACACCUUGCACAACUCUACCGUCAGGCCGCAGGCGUAA